AUGGAUGAGACAGCGUCGCUCUUCUUCCAGCUUACUCCGCAGCAAUCUCUCCCGCCUCGGGUGAACGACGUUCCCGCAGCCGCCGAUUGGUUGCGAAGCUUCGCCGGUCACAGCUGGCUGGCUUACGGCGCAGGUGGCUGCGUUGUAAUCACAACCGCUCCGUGGCUCGUGCACGGCAGCGGCGCGCGAGAGGACAGCCUGCCACGUGGCGCCCGUUUCUAUCACCAGGUCCUGGAACUCCCGCCGUCGCUCAAUCCAGAAUCUGCUGAUGUGGAUCUCGCGAACCGCUCAUUCCCAAUCUUGGCUGACCAGAGGAGACCAGAAGAGGAAGCUGCAAGAAAAUUUCCGUGUGUGGAGGAUAGGGAUCAGGUAGCCGUUGUGACAUGGGCAGCACCGGAUAGCACCUUGGCGGGCGUUCUAGCUGCAGCUAAGGGAACAUGCAUUUACCUCUUUGCUCCGAGUUGCCAAGACAUCCCCCUCUCAUGGCGGCCUGCUCAGCUGAUCCAGUUCCCCUCCAAGGUCAUCUCCCUCGCCUGGACUGGUUCAGCAGACGGCCUUCUGAUCAGCGGCGAAUCGAAUGUCGCCAUGUGGCAUCGUUCCAAGAAGAAGCAGCAGAACGCGCCCCUGCUGCAGCCGCUGACGUGUCUGUGGCAGGUGCAGACAAGUGUCGCGCAGGGACUGGCUGCGACCUCGCUGCAUGCGGAUGGGUUUGCUGCUACUGCUGAUGUGGCAGUAGGAGAAGGAGAAGGAGGAGUUGGAGGAAGAGUUGGGACAGCGUGGCGGAAGGGCGAUGACGAUGGGGAGGGUGCGGAGGAGGAUGGUGAGGAUGAUGAGGAGGAAGAAGAGGACGAUGAUGCGGUGUCUGUUGUUGAUCUGCCACACCCCGCACCUGUGCUGGCAGUCCAGUGGAGGCCACAAGAUACAGCCUCCAAGCCUUUGUCUUCUUCUGGGGUAGGUGCAACUAGUGCAGGUGGAGCUGGAACGGGUGGAUCAGGUUCGGCGCCGUACCACCGUCCGAUCCUGUUGACCUGCUCUGACGAUGGCACAGUACGGCUCUGGAUGGAGAUUGACAGUGGCAGCAGUCGAGCCAAGGCUGGAGGCUCGGCAGGAGCAGCAGGUUCGGGGAGCCGGACCGGGAGCAGAUUGAGCUCGCCGAAGCACCCUGGGAGCAGCAGGUACGGGAACCAGAACGAGAAUCCGAACCUGGAGGCUGGGUUCGGUCAGAAGAGAAGGAAGGGGGCAGAGAGGCAAUCAUCUGAAGAGGGGAGAUGGGCGCCCCCUCCUGCUUUCUUUGUCUGCGCUGUUGUUGAUGGGAACAUGACACUUGGAGGGAGAUUGGGAAUGGAUAUAUCUGUGCUGUGGGCAAAAGAGCACGUGCAUCUGGCAGGGCACAGAGGGGCGAUCACAGAGGUAGCUGUCCACCCAGCUCCAGGCUUCCCUCUUGCUGCCACCUUAGAUGCUCAUGGUAACACUCUCCUGUGGGGCCCUCGCGCCCCUCCCUGGCUCCCCCUCCUCACGGAAACCCCGGAAGGUGCUUCUAACGAGUGGGUUCUGCUGGGCUCGCUUCCGCCAGCUGUCCCAGGCAGUGGGGGAGGUGGAUAUGAGAGGGGUUUUGCACGGCUGGCAUGGGCGCCUGUUCUGCUGCCAGGUGGCGGCAGCGUAUUGGCUGUUGCUGGCACUGGGAGUGUGGAGCUGUAUCUGGUGAGGCGUAUACGUGAGGAAAGGGAUGGCGAGCAUUCAGGGGAGGGCGAGCAUCAUGGGGGGGAUGGGGGUCCGGGGGGGGGUUAUGCUGGUGAUGCAGAGGAGGAGCGUGUAGAGUGCAGCUGGCUGUGCUCUCUCACUCUCCUGAACGCAUUCCCUGAAGCACCUGUAGAGGAAGCUGCAGGUGCUGCUACCACAGCUGCCGCUACAGCUGCUGCCACAGCUGGUCCGUUCCUGGGUGUUGCCUGCCUGCCUCACACGCCCCACUCUGCCACCCAUUCUGCAUCCUCAACUCCAACGAAUUCAGCAGCUGCAGGUCCUGCCAGGCCAGGCAGAGGAGAGAGGAGGGGGAUUCGAGUGGUGGGUGUGGGACAGGGCGGGCUGUGUGUGUGCGUGUGGACUGUGGAAAUAUGCGUUCAGAGGGGUGAGGCAAGGGCGAGAGUGCACACAGAGAAGGAGUCCGUGGGAUUUAGGGCUAUUACUGACGAGGGGAAAGCAGGGGAAGGCGAGGAAAGAGCGGAAGGAGUGGAGGGAGCAGCAUGGGAAGAAAAUGCUGUUGGCUGGCUGGUGGGUGUGUGUGGAGCCGAGGGAGGAGGGGAGGAAGGAAAAGGAGGGGAACGAGGGGAGGGAGAGGGCGGAGAGGGGGUGGCAGCUGUAACGACAAGCACACGUGUGAUCAGGUUUCCCAGCAGCCGCCGGGUCACGUGCCUGCACUGCGCCCCUGUGAAUGACUCCAUAUGGGCGUCUCCUCUUAAAGCAGGUGGUGCAAGUGGUGCUUUGCAUCAGGGAGGAGGGAAACAUGCCGCUUCUGAUGGUACAGGGACAGCUGGUACUGCUGGUGCGUCUGGUUCUUCUGAACUGCAGGCAUUGCAAGAGAUGUUGAGUCGAAGGGGUUGGUUGGAGGAGGCUGGCGGUUUGCUUUCAGGGGCAGGAGCUGGUUCUGCAACUUCCGGGCAGUUUGAAUCUGGGCAGUUUGAGUCUGGACAAUUUGGAUCUGGGCAGUUUGGUUCUGAGCAGUUUGGUUCUGGGCAGUUUGCUGCCCGUUUUGGGCUGCCCAAGGGGAAGCACGCAGAGGAGGAGGAGGAGGGUCUGCCUUAUGAGUUUGCAGUCGGUGCCUCUGCUGGUGGAUUGGCUGGUACCGGGUUUGGCACUGGCAGCGGCACUGCUGGUUCUGGUCCGGGUCAGGAUCGGGGAAGCGUGUACCAGGAAUGGAAUCGGUCUGGGGGAAGGAUCCAGGAAGCUUCUACAGGGAGGCGUGAUUCAGUGGAGGCGGUAAGGGCAGGGGGGUGGAAAGCCCCAGGGUGGGCGGGGUGGGUGGAGGUGGGGCGGGUGGAGCUGGGGGAGGUGGGAUUCGUGCGGUGCUUGUCGUGGGCCCCACAAGGGGUGCUGCUGGUGGGGACGGGGCAGCAGCUGCUGGUGAUCAGCCCUGUGAUGCGAGCUGAGGCAGCUGUAGAAGCAGUCGGGGCAGCAGGGGAAGGUGCAGGGUCAGCAGGAGCUGGUGCAGCGGAUGUGACACCAGCCGCAGCAGGAGGGGGAGGAGGAGCAGGAGCAGGUGGAGGAGUCAGGGCAGGGUUUACAGCAGGCAAGGCUGGGCUUGGGCUUGCCUAUUCCCGAGAGCCAUCCGCAGCAGACCUGUCCCUCUCCGUCUCCCCGUGGAUCUCCCCUGCCACUUCCCAGCUCAGCCUCACCUCCAUGUCGCACAUCAGCCUGACAGACCUUGCAGUCGUGGCUUCCCGAAGCGGCAGGUCCGGGGCUGGCGCGCAGGCUCGGCCCGUGGCUCGGGUGUCCAGCCGCCUGUCUCUGCCACUGUCAGCUUCAGACCCAGCUCUAGCAGCCGCUCAGAGUGUUCUGGCUGGGGCAGGCACAGCAGGGACAGGUGCAGGAGCAGGAAUAGGGUCAGGAGCAGGAGGGGCAGGAGGGGGAGGAAGGGCAGGGGUGCUGGGAGGGGGACGAGUGAUGCCAUACACUCCGUCUGCCCCCAACUUUGGCCUUCUGGGCAGCCCUGCAAGGCGUGACGCUAGCAGCAGUGGGGGACAGUUCACCAGUGGAACAGGAGAGGCAGGAGGAGGUGAGGUGAUCGCAGAAGCAGGGUCGGAAAGAGAGGACGUGAAAGUAUCCGCGCUGGUUCGUGCGCUGGACGGCAGCGGGCGGCUGUUGCUGUCUGAUGCGGUGGCAGCAGUGGCAUCAGUGGUACCAGAUUACCACCCCACGGUCAUCUGGACUCUACUCAACCAGGGAUUGCUGCCUUCUGCACGUGCAUGCAUCCGCCACCUCUCGCGCUCCCUCGCUGCAGCCCAAGCCAAGGCUCACAGUGCUCACAGCCAGCACCAGCCGCUGUGCCUCCCUGAAGCCUCCUCCUCUGCCUCAGGUGCACCUGCCGCGAAGGCUGCUGCUGCUGCCUCGUCCGGACGUCUGUCGGGGGGAUUCGGAGGGGAUUUUGGGGGAUUUGGAGGGUCUGGAGGGGGUUUCGCUGGGUUUAGCAGCACAGGAGAAAGUAGUAUGGGAAGCAGGUCUGGUGGGGGUGGGGGGGGCGCUGGUCGGGGGACUAGUGCAAGGGCGAGUGGUGGUGGUGGUGGUGGUGGUGGUGGUGGGUCCAAGCAAGCGUAUAAUCCUUUUAGUCUCGUGAACGUGAGAAGUGCUUUGGAUGACAGUGAUGGGGAGGUGGAGGGGGAAGAGGUGGACGUGGGAGGGAAGAGAGGGUCAGCUGGAGCAGGAGAGAGCAGCAAGGGUGCUGAUAGUGGUGGUGGAGGAGGAGGAGGAGGGUUGGGAGUGAAGGGUAGUGGCGUUGUUCCACCUGCAGUGCUGCGGUGGCAGCAGUUGCAGCAGCGGGUGCUGGUGAGGGGGCAAGCUCCUUUCACAGAGGCCGAAGCAACAGCCAUCUUCCAGGUGCUAUCUGAGGCAGGCGGGACCUGCAGCACCGGUACCUCCUCUGGUGGUGGUAGUGGUACACGGAUGGCUGGUGUGCGGUACACCUCUGGGUUGACAGCAGCGGAGGCGGACAUGGUGGUGGUGUUGUUAGACGUGCUCGCAGCCAUGGAUGGUGUGGGCGUGAAGGAGGAGGAGGAGGAGGAGUUGCAGCAGCCUGAGGGUGGUUCUUCAUCGUCAGCAGUAACAGCAGCAGCGUCAGUGGCGCGAGCAGUCAAGGCUCUAGAUGAACCGGGGAAAAGGUUCUGGCUCGCACUCCACCUCUCCCGUGCAGCAAAGAAGCACCAGCAGCGCCGCGCUGCUGCCGCAGCCGCAGCCGCAGCUGCAGCAGCUGAAAAGGCCGCCUCAGCAGCAACCACCAGAGCAGGAGCAGCAGCUUCUGCCUUCAGCUCUUCUUCUGCCCGUAGGCUCAGCAUCAGCAGCAGGUCCGGGGCAGGUUCAUCUGGGGCAGGUGGGCUUGGGCAGCAGCAGCAACAGCAGGGGCAGGGGCAGGGGCAGGGGAAGCAGGGGCAGGGGCAGCAGCAGGGGCAGGGGGAGGGGCAGGAGGGGAAGCUGGAGGUGGAGUCGCGUGCAGUGGCGUGGGCGGUGCACACGGAGUCAGUGGGUGAUGUGGUGAAUGCAUGCCUGCAUGAUGCUGACAAACCCACGUGGGCGGGUCUCAGGGCGCUGGGAGUCGGGUACUGGCUCUGCAACGCCACGCAGCUCAGACAGCUGGUGGGUGUAUGGCCAUCUAUAGUCUAUCUUGUGGUGGAGUGUGCUGGAGUGUGCUGGAGUGUGGUGGAUUGUGGUGGAGUGUGGUGGAGUGUGGUGGAGUGUGGCGCAGUGUGCUGGAGUGUAUUGGAGUGUGGUGGAGUGUGGCGGAGUGUGCUGGAGUGUAUUGGAGUGUGGUGGAGUGUAAUGGAGCGGGUAGCGCGGGCGCAGUACCAGCAGAGGCGGGAUCCCAAGGACUGUGCGCUGCUCUACAUGGUUCUGGACCGCCGCUCCGUGCUGCACGGGCUGCUCAAGCUCAGCCGCGACGACCGCGACAAGAAACUGGUGGACUUCCUGGGGAGGGACUUCACGGAGGAGCGGCACAGAGCAGCAGCUCUGAAGAAUGCAUACGUGUUGCUGUCGCAGCACCGCUUCGACCUCGCAGCCACCUUUUUCCUCCUGGGAGACGACAUCCCCUCCGCCGCCUCUGUGUGCGCCCGCAACCUCAACGACCCCCAGCUCGCGCUCGUGCUGUGCCGGCUGCGGGAGGACAAGGCGGGGGCGGCAGCAUAUUCAAAGGAUGUGAUUCAGCGGCUCUUGUUGCCAGAGGCUGUUUCGAAAGGGGACGCCUGGAUGGUCUGCACUCUCAAGUGGCUUAUGGGACAAAAGCUCGAAGCCCUCCAAGACCUUGUCCUGUCCUCCCACUACAACACCAACACUCCCUCCCUCACUCGCUCCUCCUCCUCCUUCUCCACCACCGCCACUGCCAGCUCAGCACUCACCCCGUCGCACCCCGCCAUGUCAGCAGCCGAGCCAGCUGGCGCUGAGGUGGCGGCGUUCUGCGCCACAGUGGCAAAGAAGCCAGGUCUGGGGGAGGAGACGGAGGCAGUGCAGGGACUGGCAGCAGUGGCAGCAGUUGAGGCUGUAAGUGGGAGCGACCACAUGGGACUUGUGCUGCAAUCUGUGCUCGAAAUCACCAAGCAGAGGGGUUUGGGUCCGGUUCAGAGCGGUGCUGGUCAGGCGCAGAGCGGUGCUGGCGGUUUCAGUGGUGGGGCUCUGGAUUUCGAAGGCAUGAACGUGGGCUCAGGCAGCAAUGGUGCUGUAGGUUCAGGUGGAGCUGGUUUAAGUGUUCCCAUGGGGGCAAUGGUCGGGAAGACAGUAGGUUCGGUACCAGCGGUAGUGGGGGAGGGAUGGGUGAUGCCUGCAGUGGUGGCAGCAGUGCAAUCAGCCAAGCUGCGGCAGCUGCUGAAGCAGAGAGCUGCUGCCUGCCUUGCUGCUGCUAGCGUGAUAUCCUCCCAGGCCAUAACGGCCUCUCAGCCAUUCACCUUAUGCCACGUCACGGCCCACAUGGCACAAUGGGCCAUCCCCAGGCCGCUCCCGCGCCCAGAUGCAAUCUCCACCGUCCAUCCGCCCCACCUUAUUGAAGAUCUACGCGCACAGCUGUGCAUGGUAAUCCUUAGGCGGGUGGCCGUCAGUCUCCCCCCCGCACUGUCACGGGUGGUCAUGGGGAGAGGGGCGGUGGGCGGAGGGAGGUGGAGGGUGAAGCGAGUAGAGACCUUGCUAGAGCAGAAGAUAGAGGCCGAGGGGCGAGUAGUGGCUGCUCUGGCUCUCAUCUGCUUUGUAACUGCUGCCUGGAUGUCUCACCGCCCUCUCACCCUUGCUCGACUGCUCGAGCCAGUGGUGAGGGAGCGAGGCGGGGAGAGAGGAUGGAGAGGGGUCGGGGAAGGAGGGUUUGGUGAGAAAAUGGGGGGAGAUGGGGAAGGGGAGAGAGUCGUGCGGAGUGUGGGGGGGAGAUUAGGGGUUGGGGGGGUUGGUGGAGCGCCUGUGUUGUCUGGGGAGGGGGAGGAUUGCCUGGAGUGGUUUCUGGGGUUGGAGAGACGGUUGAAUGGGGGAGGUGGGGUGGCUGGCGAAGGAGGGGAGCGAGAGCAUGGAGGGGGGCUGGUGCAUACAGGAGGGGGUGUUAAUGGUGCAGGGGGAGAGAGAAAGGGAGAUAAGGAGAAGGAGGUGGGGCAGGGCACAGCAGAACUUGGGGGGAAGGAUGAGGAGGGCAGAUUCGUGAGACCUGGAUGGGCGGUUGUAGAGGGAAAAGUGGUGGUCCUAUCAGAGGACGACAUGUGGCGCGUUGUGGGCACGUCAGUGUGGUCGCUAGUGGAGUG